CGGUCUCUUCCGGCGGCCGGCGCAGGGCUCGCGGCGGCGGUGGCGUUCAGAUCGGGUUCACGAGAAUAAUAAACCGCAAUAAUAAGGCACCAACGGCAGUGUAAGCAGAACAUUUGGUAGAAAUGGAUCCCCAGAAGGAUUUACAACCUCCGAAACAACAGCCCAUGGUCUAUAUUUGUGGAGAGUGUCAUACUGAAAAUGAAAUCAAAGCCAGAGAUCCAAUCCGAUGCAGAGAAUGUGGUUACAGAAUCAUGUAUAAGAAGAGAACAAAGAGAUUGGUUGUAUUUGAUGCCCGGUGAAAUUCAUUACUGCCACUUACAUUUCUAGAAGAAUUUGAUGCAUUUUUGCUGCAUUAUAUUUAUCAUUGUUUUACUCUGACAUUAUCAAUGUAUGAUUUUUCACAUUAAUAAUAAUAAAAUGUGUUUAGAACA